AUGAAGAUCAUUGUGUAUGUUUGCAUUUGUGUGGCUGCAUGGGCAAUUCCAGUUCCUCAGCUCAAGCCACUGGAGAGACAUGCUGUUGACCAAUCUAUGAAUGUAAAUCUUCCGGCAAAAUCAAAAGUGCCAAUACAGAAUGAGUUAAAUGCUGACAACAACACCAAAGAAAAUGGUGCCCCUUUGCAUGAAAAUCAGGGAGAAAGUCGGUCUCAUGUUAAAGACCAUCACAAAGGAGAGAGAAAUGGCUCUGAGUGGGCCACUGUAGGAGAGAAAAGUUCUUCCCAUUUCACAUUUGCAAAUGAAGUGGACAAUACUGAGGAUCAGAAUGGGACCACGGGAAAAUCAGCAGCAUAUGGAUAUGAUGAGAUCCAUGGACAAGAAACUAAUGCCGCAGCGAAUGGCAUCCGGGGACGAGUGAUCAUCACUGACACUUCCGGAGCAACAAAUGGGAGUGGUAUUAUCGGAAACACUGAGGACAAUUCAAAGAACACGUCUGCUGCAGUUGCCCAUCAGCGUGGGGACAACCCUGCUGUUGUUCAUGAGGACAGACAGCAAGUGAUUGAAAGCAAUAACGGUACAAUCCUGGAAGACGAAACACUGGGGACGACCUGUGGGAAUGAGGGAAAUGCAAGUGAAACCACAGCUCAGACAGAGGCUGGGAUCAAUGAGAAUGAGGGGACAGGGGUAACACCAGGGGUCAGUGGAACCGGUGACAGGCAAGAUCCGGGUCUGGAUGAUUCUGAAGGGAAUCCCAGUGGGAAUGGAGAAGAUGAAGAUGAAGACAAAGGCUCUGGUGACGAUGAAAGUGAUGACACAGAGAAUGGGAAAGAGGGUGCUGAGAAGAGUCCGGGGCAGGGGAAAGAAGACAAUGAGAAUAGCCUGGGUCAAGAGUCAAUAAGUAGUGAAGACGAUGGCCCCAAAGGCCAAGGAGAACCCCAUGCAAGUGAUGGAGAUAACACUUCCAAGAGUGAAGAGAAUGACGCUAAUAUACCACAAGACAAGGGUAACCAGCGGAUGGAGGACAACCCCAAACCCAGUAACAGAGAAAACAAAGGUGUGGGAAAUGCAGUCAGUCAACAACUAGAGACAAAUGUUAUUACUGGCAAGAGUCAAGCUAAGGAAAUAGAAACCAAAGGUCCUAGCAAUGGAAACAGAAACAAUACUACCAAAGUACUUGGGAAAGUCAACGAAGACAAAGAGACUAAAGGACAACCUGGAGUGAUCACGAGCAAAGGAAACGUCAAGACACAAGAAGUCAACGUCAAUGUGGGACGUGGCCAGAAAGCAGAGCCUGGAAACACGUUUGGACCCAGCAGAACAGGUAGUGGCAGUCAUAGUGGUGGUUAUGACAGCUAUGAAUUCGAUGAUGAGUCCAUGCAAGGAGAUGACCCCAAUAGCAGUGACGAGUCUAACGGCCAGGACAAUGCCAAUUCCGAAGGUGACAGCGAUAGCAAUAGCCAAGGAGAUGUCUCUUACAGCUCCCAGGAUUCAAGUGAUGACGGGGAUGACGGGGAUUCCACAGGAGGAGAGGACGAUGACAGUGAAAGCACUUCGGACGCUAGCGAGAGUGACAGUGGGGGCCAUGGGGACAGCGAGAGUGAGGACAACAGCAAGUCAGACAGUAGCACGGAAAAAUCAGACAGCAGCGACAGCAGCAGCGACAGUAGCAGUGACAGCAGUGACAGUAGUGACAGCAGUGACAGCAGCGACAGUAGCAGUGACAGCAGUGACAGUAGUGACAGCAGUGACAGCAGCGACAGUAGCAGUGACAGUAGUGACAGCAGUGACAGCAGCGAUAGUAGCAGUGACAGUAGUGACAGCAGUGACAGUAGUGACAGCAGCGAUAGCAGUGACAGUAGCAGUGACAGCAGUGACAGUAGUGACAGCAGUGACAGUAGUGACAGCAGUGACAGUAGCAGUGAUAGCAGUGACAGCAGCGACAGUAGUGACAGCAGCGACAGCAACGACAGUAGCAGUGAUAGCAGUGACAGUAGUGACAGCAGUGACAGUAGUGACAGCAGUGACAGCAGCGACAGUAGUGACAGUAGUGACAGUAGCAGUGACAGCAGCGACAGUAGCAGUGACAGCAGCGACAGUAGUGACAGUAGUGACAGUAGCAGUGACAGCAGCGACAGUAGCAGUGACAGCAGUGACAGUAGUAGCAGCAGUGACAGCAGUGAUAGUGACAGCAAAUCAGACAGUAGUAACAGCAGUGAUAGCAAAUCAGAUAGUAGUAAUAGUGAUAGUGACAGCAGUGACAGCAGCGACAGUAGCAGUGACAGCAGUGACAGCAGCGACAGUAGUGACAGCAGUGACAGUAGUGACAGCAGUGACAGCAGUAACAGCAGUGAUAGCAGUGACAGUAGUGACAGCAGCGACAGUAGUGACAGCAGUGACAGCAGUGAUAGCAGUGACAGCAGUGACAGCAGUGACAGUAGUGACAGCAGUGACAGCAGUGAUAGCAGUGACAGCAGUGACAGCAGUGACAGCAGCGACAGUAGUGACAGCAGCGACAGUAGUGACAGCAGUGAUAGCAGUGACAGCAGUGACAGCAGCGACAGUAGUGACAGCAGCGACAGCAGUGACAGCAGUGAUAGCAGUGACAGCAGUGACAGUGACAGCAGUGACAGCAGUGACAGCAGCGACAGCAGUGACAGCAGUGACAGUAGUGACAGCAGUGACAGCAAUGACAGCAGCGACAGUAGUGACAGUAGCGACAGCAGUGACAGCAGUGACAGCAGUGAUAGCAGUGACAGUAGUGACAGCAGUGACAGCAGUGAUAGCAGUGACAGCAGUGACAGUGACAGCAGUGACAGCAGUGAUAGCAGUGACAGCAGUGACAGUGACAGCAGUGACAGCAGUGAUAGCAGUGACAGCAGCGACAGCAGUGACAGCAACAACAGCAGUGAUAGCAGUGACAGCAGCGAUGGUGACAACGGUGACGAUAAAAAAAGCAGCGACAGUGCAUCUGACAACAGAGGUGACAAUCACAGGAAAAGCAAGUCUAGUAAGAAGCACCACAAUAAAAAUGACAGCAGUGACAGUAUCAGUGAAGGCAGUGAUAGUAAUCAUUCAACCAGUGAUGAUUAA